AAUAUAUAUAAUAAUGAUAGAUCUUGGAUUAUUAUUUAAUGAUUUUGAGCUGAUGACGUUGGAGAAGAUUUUAAAAGACGAGACGUGGAUUUGUGUGCAAGGAUUGUAAAGCUGCAGAAUUUAAAAAUCCAAACGUAAAAAAACCUAAAGAUAUAAAAUUACAAGAAUUGGAGCAACGGCUUAAAGUAGCGGGAAAAUCAUGUUUUCAAAUAAAAAAUCGUCUGGAUUAUAUGACGAUGCUGUUUAAAAAUUCUGGUCCAUCUGAAAUAGAAAGAUCACUCAGAAAAUCAAGUGAUUCACUUUGCAGUGAGAAAAGUCGAGAUUUUUGUCUGCCGGUCAGUGAAGAAGACAACUAUCAUGAUGUUCAAAGUAUGGGAGACAGUUAUCAGCAAAUUGGCAGUGAAAUUUGUUCAGUUAUUAGUGAAGAAAAAAGUUUAUCCGCUAGACCAUUUCGAGCCAAAUCAGAUGAGUAUUUUUCAGCAAGCAAACAAGAAUCCCAGGAUGUUUUGACAGGAAGAGAAAUAAAUAUUAAAAUGAUGGAAAUUUUGCCUAAGGAUGAUUUCAAUCCCAUUGACAUCAAUGACAGAGAAUUUGAUUCUUUCAAUGAAGAUUUUUCUGACAGCACAGAAGAAUCAGAAGAAGAAGAAGAAGAAGUUGAAAAAAUUUUGCCGCCUAUUCCCAUGAUAACUGAACGUAAAAAAAAGCCAGAGUUAAAUUAUAAAAUAAGUGGAAGUCGUCUGGAGUAUUCUCGUCGCAGUAAAAUAAAGAAGAAAAAUAAUUCAUGGCGAAUAUCGAAUCGAUUAAAUUUUCUAGCGAAACCUAAGCAUCAAAUAAAACUUAAUGACAGUCCGAGUCGGAUUAAAAUGAAGAAACGAAAGACCAGGAUGAAAAAAGUUAAAUCAAAAAGCGUCGAGUCGAGACGAGUGAGUGAGGUUCAAAAAGAAGCUUCUGAAGAAGACGAAUGUCCAAUAAAUCAUUAUGAAUCAGUAAACGAACUGAAGGAAGAUCCAUCAAUGCCAUUAAAUAUUGAGCCAGCUGUAGAAAAUGUCGAGAUAAUUGAGAAGUUAAAUGAAAAAUGGCCAGACGUUGUUGAAAUUUAUCACAAUAUUGCUGCGCAAAAUAUAAGUCCGUCUGCUGUGUCUAGUAAACAACAUUUUAAAUUAGAUAUUAAACAGAAUUUUAAUUCAAAGGAUGAUAAACAUUUUGAUGAAGCCAUUGAAGAGUUUAAACCACACGAAAUUGUUGAACAAAACAGUAUCAGGCAAGAAGAAUAUCUUCGAGUGGACAUCAAACAAAAUGUCUUCAGUCACCAGCACACCCAUACUAGGAACCAAGAGACAUUUAAGCAUCCUGAUAGUCGAUCAACUCCGAUGGAUUCCUGGUGCUGCGAAUCAUUUUCAGUGAGACGGUAUCAGCAACCGACAAUUGCUUCCCAAUUGAAGAAAGUCAACAGAUGCUACUUCACGACGCGAUUUGACAUAAAAAAUAUUCCAUUCGUCGUUGGAACUUCGGUCACUCGUAGUCAUAAUCUGGGAUUAAAUAUUCAGCAAGUUUGGAGUCUUAUGAAAAAUCGACAGCCGGAAAUAUUAAAUGAAAUUAGGCCAGUACUUAUUCGCAAAGUCGGUCAGAUAUUCGGCUCGACAAUGAAUCCAGGGUCGAUGCAUGUCGAAAAUUGUCAUGGUAAUGAAGGAUCGAUUAUUUCUUCAAAGCAAACGUUCCGUCAGGAAUCAGUUGAACAUCCAGGCGGUAGAGUUUCAUUGAAAAAUAAACAAUAUGGAGAUUCUAUUGACGCUGCGCAUUUUACCAAAAGCUCAUUAUUGAGACAACGAGAAGAACAACUGAAAAAAAGUGAUACUCUAAUUUCAAAAUGUAAAAGUUUUACCAACGACUCGGGAAAUGUUCAAAAAGUUUUACUUCGACUGCAAGAUCAGUUUGAAGAAAUGAACAAAAAGUACGAAAAACUUGAAGGAAAAAUAAAGAAACUAAACGACGAAAGUGUCAGAGAAGAAUUGAGUAAACUCGAGUCAGAGCUGAAUGAUAAAGAAGAAGAAAUUUAUGCCGUAGCUGGUCUGUACACAGAAGUAAGGGCUCUGAAGCAACAAAUUAAAAUGAUGCAUCAAAAGAAAAGUCUUCUUUACAUAACUACCGAAAGUGCUGGGAAGCUACUGAAAAAUUCUUCAAUGCUAAGCCGCUCGCGAACUUCAUACCCGCUCGAAUCUUUUCAUCGUCAGCAGAGACCCAGGACAUCUUGCAAUACAAAACCUCCAACGUCUUCUCGGCUCGUGGGGCUCUUACGUCACAUCCAGUCUGUCCAGCAGCAGCUAACGACUUAAAUUAAUGAGAGUUAUAUUUUUUAAAAUAAAUUUUUUUUAGUAAAAGAAAAUUAUAGAUGUCAGCUUUUAUUUUUUUUGCUGUUUUGAUAUACAAUAUACAUAAAUGUUUAUUUUCAUGUGUUGUUUAUAUACAAAUAUUUAAAACACAUUUUUUUUUAAAUAAUUAAUGAUCAAAGUUUACGGGUUUGUUUUUUUUCGUAUUAUUAUUAUUUAUAAUAAUUGUAGUGCAAAUUUAAAUUUGCAUCAUUUUAUGUUUCUCAAUUAUUCUCUACAGGCAACAAUUAUUGUAUAGGAUUUUUUUUUAGACAAUACAAGUCAUUCGCGGUUUUUUUUAAGACUGAUUACUUUAUUUUAUUUACCUAGUGUAAUUUUAACGUACGUUAAUCUGUUUCUCUUUACUAAUUAAUAUACUAAAAUCUAUAUACUAUAAUUUUAAUAUAAAUUUAAUUAAUAAUUCAUUUUAAUUGUUUUUUUUUCGAUGAGGAUCACUCAAGAUAUGUUGACAAUUUACAACCAAUUAUUCAUUUAUAAAAUUAUAUAAUUAUAAAUAUUUAAGAUAAUAAUAAAACAAUUAAAAAGUUUAAAGCAAAUUGCAAAUAGAUAAUAGAGCAGCUAAAAAUAUUUAUAUUUUUAAUUUAUUGUUUCUUUUAAAUCAAUAAAUUAAUUAUAAAUUUUUAUUAUAAAUAAAAAUCACAGCGUUUCAGCUAGUUUGUAAGUACUAAAUAGUUUACAUAUUAAUAAGCAAUAUUUUUAUCAAAUUUUUUCUUCCCAAAACUACACUACGAAUUAUUUUUUUUUCUCCAAUUACAAAAGUGUUAGUAGAAAAACCAACAAAAAUUUUAAUUAACAAAUUUAUAAAUUUAUAAUUAAAUGGAAAUAAUAAUUAAUAUUAAAUAAAUUUAUAUUUUCAUCCGUUCAUGACACAAAAUAUCUCUCAUAUCACAGACUAAAGAUGCUUUGGUAUUAAAAAAAAAAGAAUUGUGAGAACGUAAAAGAAAAAAAUAUUUAAUAAUAAUUUAAAAAAACAAACAAACAAUAAAUAUAUAAUUUCAUUGUCAAGUUUAUAUUUUUGAGCAUUCAUCAACGCACAAGCACUUUCAUUCAAUGAAAUGUGCAGAAAAUAUCAUCAUCAUUAUUAUUUAUCGUUAUAUUUAAUAAUAAUAUUUAUUACUAUUAAUAUUAUUUUGUUUUUAAAAAAUUUUUUCUUUGAAAGCUCAAUAGAUUUAUUAAGUAUUUUUUUUUCUUUUUAUUUUUUUUGUACGUGUUAUUCAAGACGAUAACAGUUGAUAGGAUUUCCACGUAAUUAUUAUACAACGUUUGAUAUAUCUUUCAUAGAUAGAUAUUUCUACGCAAUACAAAAUAAUCCAUCUUUAUUAUUUUUAUUUUAUUUUUUCUUCUCUAUAUUAUUCUCGCUAACGCCGAGCAUAAUAUAUAACUAUAAAUAUAGUAAUAUAUAUUUAUGUUAUUGUAAUCGUUAUUUACAUAUUUAAACUCCAAAAAUAAACGAAAAAAAAAUAAGUUUGCGACAAGAGUAUAUCCCAUUUAUAAAUAUCAAAGUGUAACAAAUAACGUAUACAAAUAAAUAAAUCAAUCAAUAUAUAUAGAUAUUUUUUUUUAUUUAAAUAUAUAUAUGACGUGGAAACGUUAUUUUAAAAUUUACGAAAAUAUU